AAUCCUCUCUAGACAACCGAUCGUUCUGGUCACGCCGCCUCGAACUACCCGCACCGCGGCCGUUGGCAGCACGGAGUCCGUCCACGCUGCACGCUCGCUUAAUUUCUCGCUCGAGUCCCAGAAAUUUGAGGCGAAUCUAUCGAGUGCCGGAAACCAGGCAGUUCUGUGCCCAGCCAGCGGAAGCGGAAGGCUCGCCAUUUUGUUUCGGGUGAUGGCGACUGUGCUGUCCUGGAGCUGUGGAGUUUAGCGCGGGCCCGGCCUCCUGGGGGACUCGCAGCUCGGACAGUCAUUGUUACUGCGAGUUUCUUCCUCCUCGUCGCGCCCUCCGCCGAUAUACGGAGGGGUCGGGGGCUUUCGACGGAUCGCAGAAGAGGCAGGCCCGCCGCCCCUCAUGUUGUUGUCAGGCGGGGGAGCGGCUCCCGGGCCCCCCGGAGGAGGUGGAGGAGGAGGAGGAGGUGGAGGUGGGAAUAGCCGUGUGGAGCUGCUGGUGUUCGGCUAUGCCUGCAAGCUGUUUCGAGAUGAUGAGAAGGCUCAGUACCAGGAGCAGGGGCGACACCUUAUUCCUUGGAUGGGAGACCCCAAGAUCAUGAUCGAUAGGUAUGAUGGGCGCGGUCACCUGCAUGACCUUUCUGAGUAUGAUGCUGAAUAUUCUACGUGGAACAGAGAUUAUCAGUUAUCUGAAGAGGAAGCUAGAAUAGAGGCCCUCUGUGAUGAAGAGAGGUAUUUAGCCUUGCAUACGGACUUGCUUGAGGAGGAGGCGAGGCAAGAGGAGGAAUAUAAAAGACUGAGCGAAGCUUUGGCUGAAGAUGGUACCUAUAAUGCAGUGGGAUUUCGUUAUGGCAGUGAUUAUUAUGACCCUUCAGAACCCACUGAGGAGGAGGAGCAUCAGCCUGCAAAACAAAGAGAAACAGCUCAGACAGAAAAUGCGGAAGAAAAUGAAGAACCUUUUGUUGCCCCUCCAGGACUGAAUGUACCUUCUGAUGUGGAACUGCCACCAACAGCAAAAAUGCAUGCGAUUAUAGAACGAACUGCAAAUUUUGUCUGCAAGCAGGGAGCUCAGUUUGAGAUUAUGCUGAAAGCCAAGCAAGCACGCAACUCCCAGUUUGACUUCUUGCGAUUUGAUCACUACCUCAAUCCCUACUACAAAUUCAUUCAGAAGGCUAUGAAGGAGGGGCGAUACGCUGCUCCUUCUGAAAAUAAAGCAGACGAGAAAAAACAUUCGAAAGUCAAAUCUGAGGAGGAGGAUGAUGACGAUGAUGACGAUGAUGGAAACUAUCUGCAUCCGAGUCUCUUUGCAUCUAAAAAAUCCAGUAGACUUGAAGAGCUCGUGAAGCCUUUGAAGGUAGUAGAUCCUGAUCAUCCACUUGCAGCGCUGGUCCGCAAAGCACAAUCAGAUAAUAAUUCAUCAACACCGCAAUCAACAGAUGGGGCAGCUGUACAAACAUCACAAGUGGAAUAUUCCUCUGAUUCAACUGUGGCAGCCAUGUAUUAUAGUUACUAUAUGCUACCUGAUGGAACCUACUGCCUCGCGCCUCCACCUCCAGGAAUAGAUGUUGCCACCUACUACAAUGCCUUGCCUGCAGGGGUGACUGUAUCCAGCACUACAGGGGUAGGAACUGUACCUCCACCACCUGGUACGACACCUCCACCUCCCCCUGACACAACUGAUAGCAGCAGUGGGUUGACCUCUACCACAACUUCUACAAGCACAAUUACUCCAGUGGUUGCCAUUAUACCUCCACCCCCAGAUAUCCAACCUGUUAUUGACAAGCUGGCUGAGUAUGUUGCUAGGAAUGGGAUAAAAUUUGAAACAAGUGUUCGUGCCAAGAAUGAUCUCAGAUUUGAGUUCCUACAACCAUGGCACCAGUAUAACCCAUAUUAUGAAUUUAAAAAACAGUUCUUCCUUCAAAAAGAGAGCAGUGACAACUGUCAGGGAGUAUCUUCAUCCGAAGAUGUUCCAGCAGAUUCUACCACUGAUGCACCAAGUGAAACUCAGCUUGCAGAUGGGCAUGCACCUGAGGAUGGAUCUGAGCCGAGUGCUAAGGGAGCUCUAGAAACUAAAAAGGAUGUUCCUCCUAAAACUGUCAGUGAUGGCAAAUUGGUAAAAGCAUCAUUUGCUCCAAUAAGCUUUGCAAUCAAGGCCAAAGAAAAUGACCUUCUUCCUUUGGAGAAAAACCGUGUCAAAUUAGAUGAUGACAGUGAUGAGGAGGAAGAAGAGGGCAAGGAAGGCCAGGAGAAUGCUAAUAGUGCUUCAAAUAAUACUCCAGCUGUUACCACUCCUUGUGUUGCUGCUGAAGAGAAAAAGCCUCAACUUACACAGGAGGAGUUGGAAGCUAAACAAGCAAAACAGAAACUUGAGGAUAGACUAGCAGCUGCAGCAAGAGAGAAGCUUGCACAGGCCUCCAAGGAGUCAAAGGAAAAGCAGCUACAAGCAGAGCGCAAAAGGAAAGCUGCACUGUUCUUGCAGACCCUGAAAAAUCCUCUGUCAGAGGCAGAAACCGAGAAGGUUGAGGAGAAUUCCUUCAGUGUUGAGAGUGUCAGUAGUAUAUCAUGUCCUGUGACUGCAGUCAGAACGUUACCUGCCUUAGAAGUUAGCAGAACUUCUGCAGCAGAAAGGCCUUCAAGCAAAAGCAGAGAUCCUCCUCGGGAUGAAGAAAAAGAAAAAAAGAGAAAAAAACACAAGAAAAGAUCUCGGUCAAGAUCUCGAUCACCUUUCAAGUAUCAUUCAUCAUCUAAGACCAGAUCUAGAUCACAUUCAAAAGCAAAGCACUCACUUCCCACUGCCUAUAGGACUGUCAGGCAUUCAAGAUGAGAUAUAGUCACCCUGAAGACAGUGAGCAAAUAUGAACGGUGGAAAAGCUCUGAAAAUAUUUUUUAAUGAACUUUCUCUGAAAAUAUUUUCUAAUGGAAUAAUCAUUCAUUUCUAAUUACACAGUGCAAAAUGUUCAUCAGUAAAUUUCACUCUGGUCUGUGAAGUACUUGGCAAUAUUGUGUAGGAGUCUGAUUAUAACAAAAGGAAGAAUUUGUGGCUGUUGCUGCAGUACAGUAACAAUAUGUCCCAGCUGAAACCAGGACACAAUAUUAACGCAAGAAAUAAGGAAAGAGAACCAGGUAGUUGAACAGCAAAGUUCAGAAGGAAGGCAAGCAAUUGGGUAGCAUAUGAAAAGAUGUGAUUGAUGAAUUGACUGGAGAGAUGUGGCAGGCAUCCAAGAAGGGUGAAAACAGAGUUGGUGAAGGAAGCCAUAGGAGAGUGUAGCCCAGCACAGUUCACUGUAUAUUUGGUUAUUAAUAAGGGUAAAUACAUUAUGUUAAUUAUCCAGCUGUAAGCUAAUACAUAUUAUGUUCCAUUAAUGUUGUUAAUUACAUCUAAGACUUUUGAGUCUCAGAACCUUUAAAGUUUGCUGUGUGUAAACUUUGUGUUGUCCUAAUAUCAGGCCACGUAGCAGUCACUGCAGUUGGUCAGAAAGGCAUAUUAUUGGGGUUAUAGUCUCUGGAUCAUGCAACAGAAUACCUAAACAGUAUUUCUGUAACUUGUAGUUCAAAUGAAUUGUGCCUAUAAAUACUACCUUAGCUAUGUGUGUGUCUGAUGCAGAAUUAUUUAUUAUCUUAGUGGACAUGCCUGUGGCUUAAAUGCUUCUUCCCCAGAAACAGAUGGCCCAGUUAUUUCUCAAUUUUUUUCUAGCUCUUGAUGGUGAUGUGACAGAUCUGCUCGUCAUAUAUCUUCCCUGUACUUUUGUUGCUGCUGUUUAUUUAACAAAGUGUCUACGUAUGGUAAUGUGAGCAAGUGUUAAUGCUUUACAACAUGUUACUUUCUACUGGUUUUUUUUAGGUUUGGUAUGGUACUUUACAGAGAUGAAGACAUCUCUGUUGUUCAGAGAUGAAAGAAAUUAAAUGAGCAUAACUUGGCCUUAAACAAUCAGUCUGACACACUGCUUAUUCAACUAACUGGAAGUCACAGUACUAUGUAUGUUAUUAGCUGCAUUCCAGAAUCUGGUACCAUUCCUUUUUUGUACAUAACUAUUGUGUAAAUGGAAUGGUGCUAAAUUAAGCUUUCCUUGCAUAUGAAUUGAAUAUGAGUCUUUUCAGAGUUAAAGAUAUCUUGAGGAGAAAUCUCAUCAACUGAAUCACUUUCUUUUUUUUUUUUGACUCCCUGUCAAGUAUCUUCACUCGGAGCUCCAGCAUAUCUUAAUUCAAGCUAUGAUUCGUAUUUUUAUCCAUUAUUUUAUUUAUCAGUGGUAAAAAUAAGAAUAGAAUUAGUAACAUGAGUGUGAUGAUUUUAAAAAAAUAUAUUCUUUUCUAGCACCUUGAAAAAGAAUCAUCUGAGAAGAUUCUUAUCAGCACCUGUGUAUGCUGCUCAGUGACGCUGAUCUUUGUGUGCGAUGCUGAACACACCUUCUGGCACAAAUUGAUUAAUAGUUACAUAGUAGUCCUAACGUAAUGAAUCAACACAACACCUAAUUAAGUUUGGAUGGAUUUUUCCUAGGUCUCUGUUGAAUGAUACACUUGAGAAGUCCAGUGUUUUUGCUGGCUGGCUGAAUUUUCAGAACUGCACCAAUUCUUGCACUGAGAACAUUUUGCAGAUCAUAAAACUUUAGCCAGGUUAGAACUGAACAGGAGAGGACUCUCAUUUAUCAUAUUUUCUGAUCCGAGUGUACCAGAUCAAAGACCUCUGGAGGGUCUUCCGUUCAGAAACCAAUUGAGUACGGGAACUUAAGGCAGUAUCAUCAGUGCUGAGUGGUCACCUGUUCACUUUGAGAUUUCUGCAGGACACGUGUGAGACUUCUGAUCAAGAGACCUGUUAGAAAUCAAAAUUUACCUUACUAACUACAGCAUAUCACAAGACUGUAACUAAACUUCUGUUUGAGGUUCUCUAAUUAGCACAGAAUACCUUCUUCUUGGAUCUUGAUGUGGUGACUGUAUUGGUUUACUUUUAUGGAAACGUAUCAUUUUAUCACAUAUUUUUUGUUAUUUAUCGGUGAGGAGUAGGCUGAUGGGAAUAUAGUAAAAAUUUGACAUUGGAAGAAGUCAGGCAAGACAAGCAGGUCUUACAUAGUGUUGAUAGAGUGAAUCCUCAGCUAGAAGACAAGUUCCAGAACUGCAAAUAAGAUUUAUAGAGAUAUGUUUAAAAUGGGAAAUAUUUUUAUUGUUGAUUUGUUUGGAUUUAGAUAGGGUGAGGGGGAGAGAAUUAGAAUGAUGACUGAAAAAACUGGAGAAAGAUUAAUUGAGUCAUUGUGUAUGCCAAAAAGAGAGGUGUAGAACAUUCUUCUUCAGUCUCUAGGGUUUGGACAGUAAGUAAUGGAUGUAAAUUGAUAGAAGAGAGACUAGAAAGCUUUUUAUAGUUUCUCAGUGGUUAAUACAGCUUGUAAAAGCUUCAUCAUGGGAAAUUUCUGCAUUAAGAAUGAUGGUUUGGAGAGUAUUAAGGAGUCUGAUUUCUUGAGGUUUUUCUAGCCCUGUAUUUCUAAUUAGGUCCUUGAAAAAUUGUCCACACAGUCUGACAUUGUACAAGAAACGAUUGUGAUAGUUAGCCAAGCUUUGCUGAAAGUGUUUGCUAUACCUUAACAUAAACAGUAUAUUUCCAAAAUUAAAGCUCUUGCUCCUGAAACUUGAAAGGUGUUAAAAUAAUCAAGUAAUCAAGAGUGGGAGGCUGAUUCAAAACCCAUUGAGACACUGAAGUGUUUUGUCUCUCAAAUGUUUUGGAAAAAUAAUGCCUUGUCUUAGUAAUUUCCCCAGAAGAGGCAAAUGUUGGUGCCUAGCUAGAUGUGAUUUUUUUCUUUCUUUUCAUAUUCCCGUAUUUAGUGUAGAAAAUUAUUUCCAUUUGUUGUCUCAUGCAUGGUAAUUGCCAAGUUAUGGCCUGAAACAAUGGUUGAGCACUGGGUGAGAACUUGUGGCUAAUUCAGGGAGCUGGGGUGCAAACAGUCCCGUAAAGCUCCUCGGAUGGUCCAGCUUUAAUUCUAGACCAACAUGACAAGUUAAACAAAAGCCAUAGAAAGAGUAAGCCAUGUAAAAAAACUUAAUUGUAGGGUAUUCCAGUGUGGCUUAUUUUGGAGAUGUUAGUACCAAAGAGAUAACUAUUAUAAAUAAGUAAUUAAUGUCAAAAAUGAGGCACAUGUGUUAAAUCUUUAUUGGCAAACAGACUUGGGCGCCUUCUGGUCGAUUCUGGUAAAUGUUUUGUGGUACCUUUCUUCUAAUCAUCUUGGAGGUGCCAUAAAAAGUCCAUGUGAAUUGUGUACAUUGUCAGUUGCUGAAGUUUGAAGUAUGCUGCCUCAGUGGGAAGUUUGAUUUCACAAGUGGACAGUAAGAGUAAGGAACGACUGUGUUUAUCUGCAUCAAUUUUCUAUCAGUGGAUCUCUCUGUAGCGCGUCUGAGCUAAUGAUGUAUGGUUUAUGUGAGAGGAGGAGAUGGAGAAAUGCUCUUUGCUUAUUGAAUGGUGUAGUGAUUUGGUUAGUUGAAAUCUGAAGGUUUAUUUUGAACAAGAGUAGAGGUGGAAAUUUGGAACUGUUGAAUAUUGAUCCUAUUUCUUUAUACUGUCUUUAUACCGUGUGUGUGAGAGAGAUACUUUCUGUCUCAUCUGCAGAAAAAUGAAACGUGGAAGUAACUGCUCUUUGUUCCAAACCAAUUCUCUUACUUUUGAGGCAGUAUCAAUUCACUUAGUUUUAAUUCUGAUGUUGUAAUGAGACAUGCCAAGCUUUGUAAUCCUUUGAACUUCUGGGACGCUUCUUAAUACAAGUUCUAUUGACUUUAAAGGAAUGGAGUGUCUUGAAAUAAUAGUGUAAUGAAGGUAAUAAUUGUAAUGUCACAGUAAAACUGUUAAGCUGUUUUUAAUUGUUUGAAACUAAUGGCCAAAGUUCUUAACGUUUAGCGAUUGGAAGAAUGUUGUAAAACCAAAACCAUCAUAUCCAGUUCAUAAAAAUGAAGCUAAUGCAUUUUUCUUUCUGAUUGUUUGGACUUUUUUUAGGCUGGUCCAUAUAGGCAUGUUUCACUAAGGUUCAGCUUUUGGUUAAGGGAGCCUUUUCAGGAUUCUAGUUAAUACCAAAACUAGCACAUUUUAUUCUGAAUGUGAAGUGUGUGCCUCCGUAUCACAGACUCACAGCAUCCACAGGGACACUGAGCAUGGAACCGAGUCUGAGCAGCUCAUCAGUGGCAGCAGCAACAGAGCGGGAAAGUUAUCAGGCAGCUUCGACAACGAAAAGAUUUGA